GGAGACAUGAAACUCCCUGAAUAUCGUCAGAAGUUCACCAAACUUGCAAACUUUGCGCCAACCUUGGUGAGUACCCCAACCGAUCGCAUUGAGGAGUUCAGGAAGAAACUUCGACCUGACCUCAGGUCACGUGUGUCCGUCCUUACCACCGUGGAUUUUGCAAAGGCCUACGAGAUCAUAGCUAGGGCAGAUAGUGACCUGAGUGCUUGCAUAGAGUAUUUAAAGGCAAACAAUGCUGGCUCAAGCACUCACCGUCCCACUAGCUCUGCCUCAAAAGGAAAAAGGCCCUUCCAAGAAUCUAGCAGUUCACACUUCUCAAAGAAAGGGAAAUCGGCACAGAAGCACUCCGUGGCGUCGGAAAGCAAAUCAAAAGGGUGGAAACACCCAUUGUGUGAUACGUGUGGGAGACAUCAUCCAGGCGAGUGUUGGUUUGCCCAAGGGUUAUGUCUAGGUUGCGGUAAAUCAGGACAUUUUCGAAAGGAUUGCCCCACUAAUCCUGGCAAACCAUUUUCAACGGCCCUAGUUGUUAGCCAAUCAGCCUCAGCACGACCUGCGCCAAGUCAGCGAUCGACGGCGGGAUCUAAUCAGGCCAAGAACCAGGGUCAACAACAAGGACGAGCUCCUGCUCGUACUUAUGCAAUGAAGGCUCGAGCUGAGGAAAACCCUGACGUCAUUCAGGGUAUGUUUUCCUUAUUCGAUACUAUCAUGCAUGUGUUGAUAGAUCCUGGAUCAACAUUAUCUUAUAUCUGCGUGCCUAUGCCUGAAAAAGCUGACAUAAUGAAAGAACAAUUAAAACAACCUAUACUGGUGUCAAACCCGUUAGGGCAUAGUAUGAGGUUAGAUCAUGUAUAUCAAGAUUGUCCGGUGAUUGUUGAAGGACAACGAUUCUCUGCCAACCUUGUUGAAUUACCGUAUAAGGAAUUUGACAUCAUUCUCGGAAUGGAUUGGCUCACUGAGCACCAAGCAGUUAUCGAUUGCCGACAACGAACGAUUCAACUAGAAUCUAGAGAGGGAAAAUCCAUAAAGGUGAAAGAGGAGCUAACACCUAGAUCUACUGAAUUGAUCUCAUACAUACACGCCAGACGUCUCAUUCGAAAGAGAUGUGAAGCUUAUCUGUGUAACGUACGUGACACACAAAAGGAAACUCCUGAGUUGAAAGACAUACUGACA